GUCAUUGCAAGUGAAUUAAGGCGGUGAAGAAAAAAGGCACACAACUGAAUGAUGCAACUACGAAAGUGAGAGUGAAAAUAGCAGUACACUCCCAACUCCUAACUCAAACUCACCACUGCAGUUAAUUGUAUCGCAGCAACUCAACUGAAUAUUAUAAACACCAUUAAUUUUCCCCCAAUUUUCUUGUUCUUUCCCGGAUCUCGACGUCGUUUGCUCUCAUUUUUGCCGUAUUAAUGGGUCCUCGCCGGCGAAGAAUCUCUUCGUCGAUUCUUCUUAUUGUAUUUUGCAUCUCAUUGUUGUUAAAUUAGGUUGCAGACUUUGUUGGUUGAUCGAAAUCGAAAUGCAGACAGGUUGUGGUAAACAGUAUUCUCAUCAAAGCGCAGCUACUUCAAAGAGAUAGCAGAGGAUACCCACGUGUUUAUGAUUGUGAGCAGUGCAAUGAAAAAAAGGACAGGGUUACGUCAUUAUAUGCGUCCUCUGAUAAAUCUGGAAACCUAGGUGUCAAGGAUAUUGACAUAAUGGUGACAUAUAGUGAUGCUUCUGGGGCUAUUCGGGUUGGUUCUGUUCAAGCAAAAGAUUUGUCAUCUUCUUGGGUUUGGCGUACAUCUGAUAGUCACUUUGAGGACCAUGUGAAAAUAACUGAGAAAUCAAAUGAUUCAUCUCAGCCUGUCACAAGGCAUGAAAACAGUACCGAGAAACAUAUAGCUAAUCAAACUGCCGCUAGUACUGUCUUCCUCACAAAAUCAUUUCUAGAAGAUCCAAUAAAGCGCUACCGUCAGAUGUUACGGCUUAAAAGAAGGAAGCUUCGUGCGGCAGAACUAAUGAGGCAAGACAAAGCAAUGGAUGCAGAGAUGGAGAAAGCAGCCAUCGAACGUGCUCAAGGGCUGGACACUACUGUUAUAGGAAAGUAUAGCAUUUGGAGAAGAGAUUAUGACAACUCAAACUCUGAUUCUACCUUAAAGCUUAUGCGUGAUCAGGUCAUUAUGGCAAAAGCAUAUGCUACCAUUGCUAAGGCUAAGAAUGAGAGUAGUCUGUAUGAUUCCCUCAUGAAGUGCACUAGAGAUAGUUUGGCUGUAAUCAGAGAAGCAAAUUCUGAUGCUGAACUGCAGCCAAGUGCUCUGGAUCAAGCAAAGACAAUGGGAGGGGUUCUUUCAUUAGCAAAAGAAAAAUUGCACGACUGUGCUGAAUUGGCUAGGAAGCUAAGAGCCAUGAUUCAGUUAACUGAAGAUAAUUUUAAUUCUCUGAAGAAGGAGAGUGCAUUUUUGAUUCAGCUUGCUGCUAAGACAAUCCCAAAGCCUUUACAUUGUCUUUCUCAACUGUUGACAGCUAAUUUUUUCCUUCCGGGCCAACCAAAUAAAGGUGUGAACAUGAAAGAGAAGCUUGAAGACCCUUCCCUUUACCAUUAUGCCAUCUUUUCGGAUAAUGUACUUGCAACAGCAGUGGUAGUGAAUUCCACUAUAGUGCAUGCAAGUGAUCCGGAAAAGCAUGUUUUCCACAUUGUGACGGACAAGCUGAAUGUUGCAGCCAUGAAAAUGUGGUUUCUUGACAAUCCUCUCCCUAGUGCUGCUGUAGAAGUCAUGAAUAUCGAUGAUUUCAAGUGGCUUAAUUCAUCUUAUUGUGUUGUUCUUCGGCAACUUGAAUCUGCUCGAAUGAAGGAGUUUUACUUUAAGGUCAAUAACCCAUCAAUAUCUACCUCAACUGGUUCAGACCAGCUCAAGUACAGGAAUCCAAAAUAUUUGUCAAUGUUGAACCAUUUGCGCUUUUAUCUUCCUGAAGUUUAUCCUAAGCUGAAUAAAAUAUUGUUUUUGGAUGAUGACAUUGUUGUUCAAAAGGAUUUGACUCCACUUUGGUCCAUUGAUAUGAAAGGUAUGGUGAUUGGUGCUGUAGAGACAUGUAAGGAGAGCUUCCAUAGGUUUGAUAAAUAUCUUAAUUUCUCUAAUCCGUUGAUAUCUGAAAACUUUGAUCCCAAUGCUUGUGGCUGGGCAUUUGGCAUGAAUAUGUUUGACCUGAAGGAGUGGAAGAAACGAAAUAUCACAGGAAUAUAUCAUCAUUGGCAAGAAUUGAAUGUCGAUAGAACUCUAUGGAAACUAGGCACCUUGCCACCUGGACUAAUAACUUUCUACAAUCUUUCCUAUCCGCUUGACCGAAGCUGGCAUGUACUGGGGCUAGGCUAUGACCCUGCACUUAAUCUGACUGCAAUAGAGAAUGCCGCGGUUGUUCAUUAUAAUGGAAACUAUAAGCCAUGGUUGGAUCUCGCCAUCGCAAAAUACAAGCCAUAUUGGUCCAGAUAUGUGAUGUACGAUAGCCCUUACCAUCAACACUGCAAGAUCUCAGAAUAAGCCCCAACAGGUAGUAGCUUAACCUAUAGGAGAAUACAAAUUAACUUCUUUUUCGGCUCUCAUUUUCACCCUCUUGAACAUUCUUUCGAGUAUACCUAUAUACCGCAAUUAACCACAUAAGUGUAACAAUUUCUUGUAAAAGCAAUUCACCUAUAGAUUUAUAGUUCCCCUGUUUGUAUAGAUUCAUUUGCAACGAAGAAAAAUAAAAUGCUAAUGGAAAGUUUCAUA